GCAUCAAGACGUAUCAAAACUGAGCUUCUUGUACAGAUGCAGGGUGUAGGGCACGAUGAUGACAAAAAAGUUCUUGUUCUUGCAGCGACAAACACUCCCUACUCAUUAGACCAGGCCAUUAGGCGGCGAUUUGACAAAAGAAUAUACAUCCCCCUACCAGAUUUGAAGGCAAGGCAGCACAUGUUCAAGGUACAUUUAGGAGACACCCCUCACAACUUGACAGAAAGUGAUUUUGAGCAACUAGCUCGGAAAACAGAAGGUUUUUCAGGUUCAGACAUUUCUGUGUGUGUAAAUGAAGUCUUGUUUGAACCUGUACGUAAAACUCAAGAUGCUGAGUUUUUCAUUAAGACUAGUGACGGGUUGUGGGUGCCUUGUGGACCUAGACAACCAGGUGCCAUUCAGACUAAUAUGCAGGAACUUGCUGCAAAAGGCCUAGCUUCAAACAUUACGCCACCACCAAUCAGCAUAAGGGAUUUUGACAGAGUGCUAUGGAAACAGAAGCCAACAGUAAGCAAAGCAGAUCUUGAGGUGCAUGAGAGAUUCACGAAAGAGUUCGGUGAGGUUAUUGAGGAUUUCUAG